AUGAAGUCAUGUGAGCGGAACGCACUGGCUCGAAUCCCUGCCGAGGGGAGUGUCAGAGCGCGCGGCUCCCUCCGAGAGGCUGAGGUAACGCUGGCACCUUCCCGGGAGUCCCCGAACGCCUGGCUUCGGAAGCUCUUGUGGAAAGCUCUUCUAGGAGGGCGUCUACUGACUAACCAGAGAGUGGAAACUCCUUUGGAUCAUCUUCUAAGGUGGUUGGUUCUAGCUAUUGCCAUGGUACGUUUUUAUAUGGAAAAAGGAACACACAGAGGUUUAUAUAAAAGUAUUCAGAAGACACUUAAAUUUUUCCAGACAUUUGCCUUGCUUGAGAUAGUCCACUGUUUAAUUGGAAUUGUUCCUACUUCUGUGCUUGUGACUGGGGUCCAAGUGAUUUCAAGAAUCUUUAUGGUGUGGCUCAUUACUCACAGUAUAAAACCAAUCCAGAAUGAGGAGAGUGUGGUGCUUUUUCUGGUCGCGUGGACUGUGACAGAGAUCACUCGAUAUUCCUUCUACACAUUCAGUCUUCUUGACCACUUACCAUACUUCAUUAAAUGGGCCAGAUAUAAUUUUUUUAUCAUCUUAUAUCCUGUUGGCGUUGCUGGUGAACUUCUUACAAUAUACGCUGCCUUGCCAUAUGUGAAGAAAACAGGAAUGUUUUCAAUAAGACUUCCUAACAAAUACAAUGUCUCUUUUGACUACUAUUAUUUUCUUCUCAUAACCAUGGCCUCAUACAUACCAUUGUUUCCACAACUCUAUUUUCACAUGUUACGUCAAAGAAGAAAGGUGCUUCAUGGAGAGGUGAUUGUAGAAAAGGAUGAUUAAAAGAUCCCUACAAACAAGGUGCUUUUUCCAGAAUAACCAAGAUUACUUAAGUCCAAGUUUUAAUAACAAGAAUAAACAACUUCAUGAAAUAUGAUGGAUUAUAUUGUUUCUUAAAAUAUAACUUGAAUCAUGGUAUUUGCCAAUAUUUGUCUUCAUAUUGUGCCAGAUCUUUUUUUUUUAAUAAGAAUUAUGCAGAUAUUAUCAACUCCUAGGUAGGUGUUGAUCAUUAAGAAAAUAAUUGGGUGUAUUACUUUGGAAAAAAAGUUUACUAAAUUUUUUUUACAACAUAUGCUCAAAGCUUUUUAAAUCAAUAUUUAGAAAUUAGUUUAAUGAUUAACAGUAUGAUACCUGCCAGUGUUAUUUAUGUGAUAUUUAUAAAUGAAAGUAAAUGUAAAAUUAUAAUAACUUGUUAAUAAGGUGUUGGUAUUUCUUGAACAUACGAUCUAAUUGUUCGAGUUAUAAGGCAGCAUUUAUGAUUAAUAACAGAUUUUAGAAGCAUGGACAAAAUUUGCUGUGGUAAGACUUUGAUGUAGAUAAAGUAGAAGCAUAAAAAAAUAUUCAAGUAGAUGUCACAAUUGGAAAAUACUUUGAAAAUAUUUCUAGACUGUUGAAAUUACUUAUACCAUUAAGUAAAUUUAUUUUGAUUUGAAUUAACCACUCAAGGACAACCUUUUCAACUGUAAGGAUUUUAAGGAAUUAGAAAGAAGGUAAGUAUAUUGUUUGCCCCACUGGUUAAAAAAAAAAAAAAAAAAAAAAAA